AUGGUGCUCGAAGCGACUAUGAUCCUGCUGGACAACAGCGAAUUCAGCAGGAACGGAGACUACCUCGAGACCCGAUGGAAAGCUCAAGAAUAUGCUGUCAAUAGGAUUCACGAAGCAAAGCACGCGUCGAACCCGGAAUCUGCUGUUGGCUUGAUAACCAUGGCUGGUAGUAGUCCUGAUGUCCUUACUACUCCGCAAACCGAACCUGGCCAUUCGAUGGCAGCAUUAGGCAACAAAGAGCUUAAGAUCCAUGGAAGGAUAAGGUUCUGGACGGCGAUCCGCAUAGCACAGAUGGUACUCAGAAAUAGGCAAAACAAAUCACAACGUCAACGCAUCAUUGCCUUCAUCUGUUCCCCCCUCGAAGAGACCGCUGCCGAACUCCAAACACUCGCAAAAACCUUCCUGAAGAAGAACAAUAUCAGUAUCGAUGUGAUCGCCUUUGGAGAACUAGGAGAUAAUGUCGAAAGCAAGCUGACACCGUUCAUCAAGAACUUUCACACUGCUAGUGCUCCAUUGGAUUCACACGAACACGAAUCUCGUCUUCUGGUGUGUCCUCCCGGGGACACACAACUGUUUGAAUUUAUCAACUCAUCUGUCAUUGUAAAUGAGGGCGGUGCGGUGCCUAGCAGUGGAGAUACCGACGGCCACCCUGGCGGAUCGGGAGGCGGCUCAAAUGACUUCGAAUACGUUGAUCCUUCGGUUGAUCCAGAACUGGCACUGGCAUUGAGGAUGAGCUACGAAGAAGCCAAGGCCAGGGAGGAAAAGAACAAGAAGGACGAAGAGGCAAAGACAGGCAAGGCAGAUCUGGAGAAUAUUCCCGAGGAGGGUGGCAGUGGGAGGGGGAAAGACAGGAAAGACGACGACCCUGAUAAGAUGGACACUGCAUAA